AUGAGUGUCCGGGGAGAGAUGGGCUGUCGGGGUGGCGAUGUGAACAGUCUCUCCAAUCAUGGAGGCUGCUUGCUGCGCGGUGACAAGGGCUUAGUUAAUAUUGAUGUGACCCACGAAGGAGGUACCGGUACUUGUCCAGACGUUGUAGAUCUGGGCUAUUCGGAUGUACCCAUCGUAGAAGCCUGGGCUGAGCUUCCCGUGUGGCCGGAGCAUGUCAGUUCAUCUGUCGAGGAGGGCUUUUGGAUUGGUCCGGACUCGCAUCCGUCGGUUGACGGUGAUGCUCUUGACCAGUGUGCCCUUUCUAGUGGCUGUGGCAGGCGCUGA